AUGUCGGCAAACCAGGCCAACCCACAACGUACGCCGUACAACGUACUCAACCAGACCUUCCUCAUCGACAAUGCCUACGAGAUCACCAAGGACCUCGGCCAGGGCGCCUACGGCUGCGUCGCAGCGGCCACCCACAAGGGCACCGGCGAAUCCGUCGCCAUCAAAAAGAUCACCAACGUCUUCACCAAAAAGAUCCUCACCAAGCGUGCCCUGCGCGAGAUCAAGCUCCUCCGUCAUUUCCGCGGGCACAAGAACAUCACCUGCCUCUACGACAUGGACAUUAUCGACCCGGCUGGCUUCAACGAGGUGUAUCUCUACGAGGAACUGAUGGAGGCGGACCUGCAUGCCAUCAUUCGUUCCGGUCAGCCGCUGUCCGAUGCGCACUUCCAGUCGUUCAUCUACCAGACCCUGUGCGGGCUCAAGUACAUCCAUUCGGCUAGCGUGCUGCAUCGCGAUCUCAAGCCGGGCAACCUUCUGGUGAAUGCCGACUGUGAGCUCAAGAUCUGCGACUUUGGUCUGGCCAGAGGGUUCGAGACGGACCCGGAACUGGCCAAGCAGGCAGGAGCGGGCUUUAUGACCGAGUAUGUGGCAACCCGAUGGUACAGGGCACCGGAGAUCAUGCUCAGUUUCCAAAACUACACCACGGCCAUCGACAUAUGGUCGGUCGGGUGCAUCCUCGCGGAGCUCCUCGGUGGACGACCCAUCUUCAAAGGUCGCGAUUACGUCGACCAGCUCAACCAGAUCCUGCACUACCUCGGUACGCCUUCCGAAGAAACCCUUCGACGGGUCGGCUCCCCCCGUGCGCAGGACUACAUCCGCUCGCUACCCUUUCAACCACGAAUCCCAUUCCAGCGCCUGUACCCACAAGCCAACCCGCUCGCCCUCGACCUGCUCGAGAGGAUGCUCGAGUUCGACCCCGCCAAACGCAUCUCGUGCGAGGAGGCACUGCAACACCCCUACCUCGCCGUGUGGCACGAUCCGGCCGACGAACCCAUCUGCCCGCGCAAGUUCGAUUUCGGCUUCGAGAGCGUCGACGAGGUCGAAGGGAUGAAGACGUUGAUUCUGGAUGAGGUGCGCAGCUUCCGGACCGAAGUGCGAAGGCAAGCGAGGUUGAUGCAGCAACCCAAGAGACAGGAGAGUCUGCCCAUCCCGAGCAGGGAGGAGAUCCAGAAGAGCAGUCCGACGGAUGCGGAUGGGCCCGGGUACUCGGUACUGGGUGCGAGUGCGGGCAUCAUUCAGGGCGCGACUAAUGCUGAGCACGCAAGUGGCAUGGUGGAGGAUGUAUGUCUGGAGGACCCCGCAGAGAGCUUUGAAAGGGAAUUGACAAGGAGGUAG